AUGGACGAUGACUGUAUUGUCGGAUCUGGCUUGGGCCAUUGCAAGGUGUUAGUGGACCCAGCUAUGAAGAUUCCGCUGGGCAGCACCGACUCGGGCAAUGCUUCCUUCAGCCAGUUCAACAGCACCGUGCAGUACCACCAAUCGGAAAUCACCAUCACGGGGCAUUCAUCUUCGUCGCAUUGGAACCUCUGCCGGGCGAGAGACGAUAGCGAGAGUAUCGUUCAGCACCAGCGGACAAAAGACUUGGCGGAUAUUUGUUACGAGGUCGACGGUCUCCCAGGACUUUGUUUUCUAUGGGCUUCUCCAUGCUCUGGCGGGUGUUCCACACUCCGUCCUUUCAACGAGUAUUCGUCGAUCUGCCCGAAUCUGCUACGCUACGCCACGCCAUCGGAGUGGUCGAUUGCCUUGCCUGACCUGAACGCCCACAGGAAGGAGUGCUUCGCCAAGUGCGCAGUGGAGCUGAUGGAUCCGUGGUGGCAUCACUGCGACUAUUCGAACGACUUCGUGCGUGUCCCGGACGACGGCUGGAACGAGCUGAUCCUGGUGUGCGACACCACGUUCCCCGCGAUGCCCACGAUGGCCACCUCCGCGACGUCGGCGACCGGCCCCGCCCCGACGCCCAUGCCUCUGCCCCCGCCUCCCGGCCCGGGGCUCGUCCCGUGUGGCCUGACCGGCGGUUACAGCGAGUGGCCAGAGGAUGCAACAUGUGCCAGUUGGAAUCAGGGAGCGGCUGUAGGGGGAGGCCCCAAUGUCUACGUUGGCACUUUUGACACUUGCCACCACUGCCUCCUGGCGGUCUUGACUGCUCACCCAUCCGCCAAGGGGGCCACAUUUCGUACUCCUGGUCUGACCACGCAGGCUGGCGAGUGCUAUGCCGAGGAUACGUGGUUGUACCCAGAUGCGGACAACGCAUGGAUUACCAUUCCCGUCAUCGCGUCCUUGCAGUAUUAUUCCGAUCUUUCUUCGAACCCGUGCAGCCCAGCCUUCGGAGUUACUCUGAAGCAGACUACCGCUAUGACUCCAGUUCCCGCGCCCCCCACGCUUGGGGGGGCCAGUUCUGCAGGCGGGGCUAGUUCUGCAGUUGGGGAUCCGCAUCUGCAAAACAUCUAUGGUGAGCGGUUCGACUUGCUGAAGGCUGGUAAACACAUUUUGAUCAAUAUUCCACGGGACGCGGUUGUUGCUGAGACCGCGCUGCUUCGAGUUGACGCAGAGGCACGUCAAAUGGGUGGAAAAUGCGCAGACAUGUAUUUCCAAGAAUUGAAUAUCACAGGGGCGUGGGUGGAUUCCACGAAGCAGACUGGUGGUCGCCAUUUCAAAGCGCACGAUGUGGUCGAUGCAAGCAUGAAUUGGGAACAGUUUGGAAAGGUAUCAUUGAAAGUUGUCCAUGGACACACCCAUCAAGGCAUCCAAUACUUAAACUUGUACGUCAGGCACCUCGAUCGCACUGGGCUUGCCGUCGGUGGGCUACUCGGAGAAGAUGAUCACUCAGAGGCGGCAGUCCCUCUGAAGGAAUGCUCUCAGACCCUUUCCCUUAUCCAGGGUCAGUUCUGA